CUAUUUCAUUAUUAUUAUUUAUUUUAAUCUCAACUUGUGUCUCUAAUAAAUAAAAAAGCUGGUUUAGCACACUUACACACACGAACGCAAUCUUCUACCGGAAUAUCGAAGAUGCAGAGGUUUCUCGCCGCAAGAUCGAUUAUCGGUUACGCCGUCAAGACUCGGAGGAGGCACUUCUCUUCUCUCUCUUCUUCCCUCCUCUUCGACGAAACUCAGCUACAGUUUAAAGAAAGUGUAUCCAAGUUUGCGCAAGAUGUUAUCGUUCCUCAUGCAGAAAGAAUCGAUCGAACCAAUUCAUUUCCAAAAGAUGUCAACUUAUGGAAGCUAAUGGGUGAGUUCAAUCUCCAUGGAAUCACUGCACCAGAGGAAUAUGGAGGUCUAGGUCUUGGUUACUUGUAUCAUUGUAUAGCAAUGGAGGAAAUCAGUCGGGCCUCAGGUUCAGUUGCUUUAUCUUACGGUGCCCAUUCUAACCUUUGCAUCAAUCAAUUGGUGAGGAACGGAAAUACAGCACAGAAGCAGAAAUAUUUGCCAAAGCUUAUCAGUGGAGAGCAUGUUGGUGCUCUUGCAAUGAGUGAACCCAAUGCUGGUUCCGAUGUUGUGGGCAUGAAAUGCAAGGCUGAUAAGGUAGAUGGUGGUUAUAUUAUAAAUGGCAACAAGAUGUGGUGCACUAAUGGCCCUUCUGCUGAAACGCUGGUUGUUUAUGCCAAAACUGAUACAAAAGCAGGUUCGAAAGGAAUCACAGCUUUCGUUAUAGAGAAGGGAAUGGACGGAUUCAGUACUGCUCAGAAACUGGACAAGCUGGGAAUGCGGGGAAGUGACACGUGUGAGCUUGUUUUUGAGGAUUGCUUUGUUCCAGAAGAAAACAUUCUUGGCAAUGAAGGAAAAGGAGUGUAUGUUCUAAUGUCGGGUCUGGAUUUGGAGAGACUUGUUUUAGCAGCUGGCCCCUUAGGGAUCAUGCAGGCAUGCCUCGACAUCGUACUUCCCUAUAUUCGACAGAGAGAACAGUUUGGUCGUCCAGUUGGAGAAUUCCAGUUUAUACAGGGUAAAGUUGCUGAUAUGUACACUGCAUUACAGUCUUCAAGGUCAUACGUCUACUCUGUUGCUAGAGAGUGUGACAAUGGCAAAGUUGACCCAAAGGAUUGUGCCGGAACUAUUCUCUGUGCAGCCGAAAGAGCAACACAAGUUGCUUUACAGGCAAUACAGUGUUUAGGAGGAAAUGGAUACAUAAACGAAUAUGCAACAGGACGCCUUCUGAGAGAUGCAAAGCUAUAUGAAAUAGGUGCUGGGACAAGUGAGAUCAGAAGGAUGGUCAUUGGUCGUGAGCUUUUCAAAGAACAGUAGAGAAGAUAAUAACUAAGUCAUCUUUUUCUGCUCUGCUAAAGAUGGUGACGAUGUGGCAUUGUGAUUCUGUAGAAGUACAUAUAUAAUUUACAAUGUCCUCAGUAACAAAAUAAGAAAGAUGGCUUCAAAGCAGUUCUUUAACGGUUCAGAACUUAAUAAUAUAAACAAAUAUUUGACUCGUCUAAUUAAAUGUUUGGAAAUAUGGUAAAUCUGAAAACUCUUUCGUCGGUUUUUUAUGUUUGUAAUAUGUUUGAUUUUUCUU